AGAAACUCGACGUUGGGAAGGGACGAAGGUUCUAUUUGUUUGGCCUUUUGCUUUCCCUUCAAGUCUCCAAAGAUUAAAAGACUAUAAAAAGCCAUCAAAGAAACAACCAACCUAACAAACAAAGUUUAUUGCCUCUGGUACUCUUUUGAGUCUUCUGCCUUCUCUUCCCUUUCAAGCUUCAUUCUCCUCUCCCCUCCAAUGGCUGUCGAAGCAGAGCGAAGGCGCAAGACCAAGAUCGUCUGCACGUUAGGCCCCGCGUCAAGGUCAGUGCCUAUGAUCGAGAAACUGCUGAGAGCGGGCAUGAACGUUGCACGCUUCAACUUCUCGCACGGCUCUCAUGCUUACCACCAAGAAACCCUAGAUAAUCUUAGGGCCGCCAUGGAAAACACUGGGAUACUCUGUGCGGUUAUGCUUGACACGAAGGGCCCUGAAAUUCGGACAGGGUUUUUGAAGGAUAGUAAGCCGAUUAAUCUAAAGAAGGGUCAAGAGAUCACCAUUUCUACUGAUUAUAGUAUCAAAGGUGAUGAGAACAUGAUUUGCAUGAGCUAUAAGAAAUUAGCUGAUGAUUUAAAGGAGGGAAGUGUGAUACUAUGUGCAGAUGGCACGAUUACUCUAACCGUACUAUCUUGUGAUAGGAAGUUGGGUUCAGUUCGGUGUCGGUGUGAAAAUUCUGCUGUUCUUGGUGAGAGAAAAAAUGUUAAUCUUCCGGGAGUAAUUGUAGACCUCCCAACACUGACGGAGAAGGACAAGGAGGACAUCUUGCAGUGGGGGAUUCCCAAUAAAAUUGACAUGAUUGCUCUAUCCUUUGUACGCAAAGGUUCCGACCUAGUUGAGGUCCGAAAACUGCUUGGGGCGCAUGCAAAGAAUACCCUUCUCAUGUCAAAGGUUGAAAAUCAAGAAGGGGUAGCUAAUUUUGAUGACAUACUUGCAAAUUCUGAUGCAUUUAUGGUGGCACGUGGGGAUCUGGGAAUGGAAAUUCCAAUCGAGAAGAUAUUUCUAGCACAAAAAGUGAUGAUCUACAAGUGCAACAUCCAGGGUAAACCUGUAGUAACUGCAACUCAAAUGUUGGAAUCAAUGAUCAAGUCGCCACGUCCAACUCGAGCUGAAGCCACCGAUGUUGCCAAUGCGGUUAUUGAUGGCACAGACUGUGUAAUGCUUAGUGGGGAAACAGCUGCUGGUGCUUACCCAGAACUUGCUGUACAGACAAUGGCCAAGAUUUGCAUAGAAGCAGAGUGCUCUCUUGAUUAUGGGGGAGUAUUCAAACGGAUUAUGGCAGCUGCACCAGUACCCAUGAGCCCAUUAGAGAGCCUGGCUUCCUCUGCAGUAAGGACAGCCAACUCUGCAAAAGCAGCUUUGAUUCUGGUUCUAACAAGAGGGGGGACUACUGCAAAGAUGGUGGCCAAGUACAGACCUGCUAUGCCAAUUUUGUCUGUGGUGGUACCUGAGAUAAAGACGGAUUCUUUCACUUGGUUAUGCAGCGACGAAGCUCCUGCAAGGCAUAGCCUUAUUUUCCGAGGAUUGGUUCCUGUUUUAAAUGCAGGGUCUGCAAAGGCUUCUCAUACAGAGGCUACUGAGGAAGCACUAGAUUUUGCCCUUCAACAUGCCAAGGCAAAGGCUCUCUGCACGCCUGGGGAUGCAGUUGUUGCACUGCACCGAGUUGGGACUGCGUCUGUAAUCAAGAUCUUGACCGUCAAGUGAUUUGAUUCUAUUUUUUUUUAUGGGUUGUCGUUGCUUUUCGUAACAGGCGUUUUGCCGGUGCUCAAUGCGCUCAGUUUUGUAGUCUAUUAUUACACUACUACUAUAUUUAUAUUGUCAAAUGUCAACCGUGUUUUUUUCAUAAAUCAUAAUACAUGUACUGAUAGAUGAGAACCA